CGGGCCCCGGCGGCACCAGCGGCCCCACAACGCCGUCGGCCUCAAUGAAGUGCGCGUCGAGUGGGCCCCACCGGCCGAAUCCGCCGCCGCCAUGAGGCUACGCCGGCGGCACGAAGACACCGCCACCACCGCGCAUGGACUGCUGCUGGCCACGCUCCUGGCCACGCUGUGCGACACGGCCACCGGACAGAGACUCUUCUACCAAACCGGGCGCUCGGAGGCGGACCUUCCCGAGUGCGGUCCACGCGCCGUCUGCAACCGCGUGGACACCUACGGCACCCCCUGGGUCGAGAGACAGUGUCGCUGCCCCAACGACGCCCCGUGCCCGCGAGGCCUGGACGCCGACGACGGCUACACUGUGCGGGACAAGUGGCGUUUGCUCAAGACGUGCGAGCCCGUGCGGGACCUGCCCAGGUGCCGCUACUUCAGGGACGCCGUGUGGACCGUCGAGGCGUCGCCCGGAAACGGAACCAUGCGGCAGACGGUGCACUGUCUCUGUCCUGGACCUUCAGUGGCCUACAUCUUCAAGCAUCGGCCGCAGAAUGAUCCCAGGACGCCGCUGCGAUACACAUUCGCCUGCUCACCUAUCAGCCGUCUGCGCUGUCAGCGCAAGGAGCCGUGCCGGCUCUUCACGGUGCGCAAGCGUCCCGGUGUGGAAGAGGUGAACGCCAGCACCCUGUGCCAGUGUCCCCGGGGCUGGAGGUGUCCGAGCAAGCACACGGACGCCGUGCCGGGGGCCCGCUACGACAGGGUCCGGACCUACUCCGCGUACUGCACGGGACCCCAGUGACGACGACGAAACGCCGACAACUUCCCGCCGGAAGGCCAACAAGUAGACGGAAGGAGAAAGACACCCCCAGAAGGGCAAUGAGCCAAAUCGACAGCCAUAUCGCCCUUGGACUCGUUCAGGGAAAGACGCCGACGCCAGUAGCUUUCGUAAAGGAGGGCCACGUUCGAGAGGCCGUUGUGAGCUCGGUUCAUGCACGGACGGGUCAUUGGACAAUCACGUUUCUUUUUUCGCCCAAGUCGCAAAAAAAAUCACGACUCCCGCCAACUUAAGAAAAACAAAAAAAAAUUGCAGUGUUAUUUAGCGUUAUGAUGUGACGCUAUUCUUCAGAACCCGCAGGGCGACUUUCAGAACACCUUAAUUAAUCGACAUAAAUUCCGUCUGCAACAUUUCAUUUCAGCGAGGCGAAAAAAAAAAAAAAAAGGUACAACAAUGCUGACGACGCGUAAGAACAUAAACAUGUCCGAUGGCCCAGGUUGCCCAAAGACAACCACAACGAAGAUUCUCCAGUUGCCACCACCCAUCAGCGCGAGGAGCGGCUCUCAGACCAGUGAACACAAUGGAAUGAAACGUGGCACCCGGGUUCAAUUUUCGACCACCGGAAGAGUCACCAAGAUAGUGACAAAAGUUCUGAGACACGCGUGCAGUGCACCCGGGCUCGAGUUCCACGAGACCGCGACAGAUGCUUCUCCGCUGAGUGGAAGAGAGAGAGAGAAAGCUGUACUCUCAACCGGUUGCGCCCCAGGCAGCGACCCCCUGCUGUAGAUAGUGUUCCCGCUUCCCCCCGUGUCUUCCUGUACAGAUGUAAAUAGGUAGGAACGAUAAACAAUAAAGCAUCCAAGAAGGAG